AUGUUUACACCAUUUGAAGCCGAAUUGCAGCUCCAAGUUGGUUCUUAUUUCAAGGUGAUAUGUUGGGUGUUGGGUAAACAUGGAACUGCAGAUGGCAAAUGGUGCGAUAGCUUGAACUCUCUUUGGUGGCUGUCAUCUCAGUUGAUCCAGAUCUGCAAAUGGUUUCCAUUUUGGAGGGAGAGCCUUUUUAAAAAAUUGCUACAAGAAGUUGAUAAUGUGUCUUUAAAGAGGAAACAUGUUGAAGAAAGUCUCAUAGCUCUUCAAGAGACCGCAAAAACCUAG